AUGGGGAGGAAGCCAAAACAUUUCCCUUCCUUCUCCAAAGUUUUGAUGGAUGACUUCGCCAGCAAACUUCGGAUACCUCCAGAAUUUGUCAUGAGAGAUCUUGAUGGAAAACUACCAGCAAAGGCACUGAUUAAAGACCGAAAUUAUUCGCAUUGGUGGACUGUGAAAGUAAAGACAACGGGCGAGGAGAACCACUACAGCUUCACGCAAAGCGGUUGGAGAAAGCUUGUGAGAGAUUGUGAAUUAAAAGAAAUGGAUUUCAUGGUUUUCACACUUGUAUCGAACUCUGUGUUCGAAGUUGUGAGAUAUGCUCCAAAUGGGUGUGAGAAGGAUCUAAUAAGUAACCCCAUUAUUGGGCUGCAAGACUCUGAGCAAAUCAAAGAAAACUCAGCUGUGGCCCCUAAGACUCGGUCGCGAAAGUCCAAGGAGGCUGAUGCACUACCUCAUCCAAGUACUAGAAGAAGAUCGAGGGGAAAAGUGGCUGCUGAAGCAUUUGGUUCUCGGGAACAAACAGAGCAUCCUAGUUUUACUGUUGUUAUCACGAAAUACUAUAGAUCACGCCUGACACUUCAAAAGUCUUUUGCAAGGGAGACUAGCAUGGCGACGAAGAAGAGUGUGAAGCUGAGGAAUGAAGAAGGGAAAGAGUGGACAGUUGACAUAUGUGUAAGGACCCAUCGAACGUCCUAUGGAAGGAUUGAUUUAGGUGUUGGGUGGCCUGCCUUCUGCAAAGAGAACGAGAUAGUAGAUGGGGAUUCCUGUUUGUUCAAGUUCAUCAAGAGUGCUGGAGAUGUGAUUGAUGUUGUGGUACACAAGGGGGGAAGAGGGUAGGUACAAUAACCCUCUGCAACACCAAAAAGACUUCAAAUUUUGGGGUAAGCUGUUGGUAAUGUAUAAAUUAUAAGUACAAUCUGGGUUUCUUUUGGUUCCUAGUUUUUUGGUUUCUCUUUUGUGGAAAACUGGUGUUGCCAGAGUAAAAUUUGAUACUUGCCAUUUCAAAAGCUGGCCUGGCUGCAGUCAUUUUAGACAUGGGAACAGGGGAUACUCUUGUUAUAAGCAAAUGCUGUGUUUUGGUUGGGUGUAUGGACUCUUUUUUUUAGAAACAACCACUACGUAAAUACAAUCCCUUUUCGGUAGAAUGUAUGGUGUGGUGAGCACAAUGAUCGAAUAAUUGUCUUUCUUUCU